AUUUUCACAUCUUGAGUAAAUGAAUCCUUGAAAACGUCUAGUCUUAGAAAAUCACCCUUUUGAGAAGAUCAUGAUCAAGAUAUUUUGUUAUGUCAUCAAUAUUUGGGUAUGAUCACAUGGUGAUUUCCAGUGCACCAUGGAUACCAGCUUGACCACUGAUGAUCUGGGUGGAGAUCCUGGGCCGGUUAUCUCCCUCGACAGCUCACUAGGCACACCAGAGAUGGAAUUCAGCAUCAAUCAGCAGUAUAUGUAUCAGCCAUAUCCAGAUGCCCAGAUGUCAGGCCAGGAGACCACUUACACUACCAACUGGGAAAUGUAUCCGAUUGACCCCAAUGCCUCCCUCUACGCUCCUACCACUGACCUGAUGUAUCCCCCCCAUUCAAGUUAUCAGAACCCAUGGACAGACCCUCCAUACUGCCAACCCAUGCAGCAAAUGACAUACGCACCACCCCACCGCGAGAAACGCAGCAGCACACGCAGACACAGCUCUCGUUCGACACCGCCGAAAAGUACAAGCCAUUACCAGUACCAUCCUAGAGAACGAUCGGGUAGCGAACAAACUUACGAGUCAGAGGAUGAAUGUUAUGGAAAUUACGAAUUGGGAAGUUUAGAUGAAGACCCUUAUGACUUGCCGGUACCGAUCCAUGACUACACAAAUGGUUAUGAUAGUUAUAAUGGUUAUGAUUACCAGUACGAUAGUGAAAACGAUCCUGAUCUACAUUCUUAUAAAUCGCCACGUUCUACAAAGAGUUCGACGGCAUCAGUUAAGGUCAACAUUCAUGAUGAUCACCGAGAUUAUUAUGGCACUCAUAAUGGUUACCACCAGCCUCCUGAUUCAUGCUCAAGUCGUGGACAUAGUUCUAGUAGCAGGGGUCACAUGUCGCAUCGAGAGAAUGGCCGGCCGAAAAGCCGUGAAUAUGACAGAGACAGACAUGACCCACCACGGGAACGAGACAGAGAUAAGGAUCGAGAUAGGGAUAGGGAUAGGGACAGGGACAGGGAUAGGGAUAGGGACAGAGAUCGGGAUUGGAAUAGAGAUCGGGGUCAUGAGAGAAAUCGGGAUUCUGAAAGAGAUAGGGAUCGCGAGCGGGAUAGGGAUAGGGAUAGGGAUGGUACAAAAGAGAGGGAUAAACCUCGGGACAGGGACGGGCUUCGAGAGAGAGACCGGGAUAGGGAGAGAGAUUUAGACAGAGAUCAUGACCGGGAUAGGGAUAGGGAACGUCGUGGGGGUCGUGACUCAAGGAAUGAGAGAAUUGACCCAAGAAAUGAUCGAUACGAGAGAAGGAGUGAUUUUAACCCUAAGCUUUCAUCAGAUGACCAGUUCCCUUCCCUCGGCUCAUCUACAAAUCUGACCAAGAAAGAAUUAAAGCAGAUACAGGAGAAGGAUACAGGUAGUGAUGGUGGGUACAGACGAGGAAUGCGGGAUCGGUCGAGGAGGAAUAAGCGGCGGGGAGGGGGUCGACCUUCCCCUCGCCCACCAAAGCUAUCAGAGUAUAUCCCUGGGGGCAAAAACGGCUCUUACGAAUCUCCCAGUUCUGAUCCAAGUCCGAUGCCGUAUAUUCAGAGUGACAUCUCCAUUGAUGCCAUCAAUAACGCUGCCAUUGGAUUGAUUUUAGAUCUUGAUAGCAAGGGUCGUCUCGUAACUGCUCAGGAUGUCGUGGACGGCGUCUGCCAACAAUUCGGAAAAACUUGUCUGGAAGAAUUCGGUCUGACUUCCGCGGAGGAAAUCUCCUGUGUUAAGAAACUGAUUUGGAAGCAGGAAAAGAUUAACGCAUAUUUACAUUCAUACGAUGGAAUCCAAGCCAUCGGUACUCUUCAUGAUCUCAGCGUCGAUUUGGCACAACUUUUUGAGAAACAACAGUUCUCUGAGCUCCGAAUGGGGCCUCUCAUGGCUCAGCCGGAACUUUGGAAAAUCUUCACCUGUGGUGGCGCUCAUGUUAAUCGUAUUCCUGAAAUUACAACGUCGGACGUGAUGCUUCAUCUGCGUAAUUUCAUGGAUAAAUCUGACCUUUGGAAGAAGAACGUUGACAUCAGUGAGUUCAAGCUGUAUCUAUCCCAGCAGUACAAUGUAGCGGACCCAGAAGGACUUGGAAUCAGGAUCAGGAGGCUCGGCCUAGCUAUAUCUGUGAUCAGGAAAGCGAAGGAUGCUCAACGAUUAACCAUGGACAAAAUGAAGGCUCAGUUCAUCAGGGACUUUGAACAAAUGUUCAACGAAAAACUCCGACAUCUCAAAGGUCACUUUGAAGACAGCCUCGCCGAGUCUGCAUCUGCAACUCCGCUUAGCCUCACUAUGGAUGUGAAGCGCCAGUACAUGGAGAUGGAUGCAGUUGACGUGUUGAUGGACAUUCUCCGCCACUGCGAUGAGUUGUUUAUCAAUCACCAACUCAAGUACCUCUGCAUGCAGUUCCUGACCAUGAUGCAGCACGACCAACUUGCAAGGAAAAUGUUCCAACUUGCUCUUUGUGCUGGAAAGCUAGACAAACCAGAAGACCUCGUCCCCAAACAUUCUUUCAGUGUAGGAAGGCAGGCAUCAUCAGAUCCUAGAGAUGAGGAUGCACCAACUCGGCCAACAGAAGAUCAAGUCGUGCGAUACUUGCGUGACUGCCUGGAGAAAUGUAGCGGCCAUCUCAGCCUCAAAACGUGGUGUUACAUCGAGGACAACAUCACAAGUCAUUUCAACUUCUCUGCCUUCAAGGAUCUUGGACAUGGCACGUUCUUGCAUUUCCUACAGAGUCACUCUGAGAUCUUAGAAGAGUAUGGUAUGGCCAGCUUCCUUGUCAGUAGUUGUGCAUCAAAGUCACCAAGUCAGGGCCCAAGUAGGCAGGAGCUAGAAGACUUCAUCCGUCAGUAUGGAUUCCAGAGUUAUGACAAGGAUGAGCUUGCUCAACUGACAUAUGGCAUUAAAGUACACUACCAAGUGGACUCGGUGACGGCUCUCGGUCAUGGGUCAUUAAUACGCCUAGUCGAUGCCAUGAAGAAGGACAAGAUAACAGAAAGUGUAGUUGAUACCAAGAUCUAUUAUGAAGAACCUUUCACAAGCCAAACAAACACUGGGUCCAGUCACCAAGAUGUGGGCCUCUUGGGUUCCAUAGGAAAGGAUCAAGCCAUAGCUGUUUUGAAGACUACACCCCUACUGGAGGACCUGUCCAGCUGGUCACACUGGCCAAUAGUAUUCCAACCUCAGUUUGGCUCGUUGAAACCCUUCAUAAAGAAGUAUUCUGGAAAGGUCGUGCAGUAUUCCGAUGGUUCUUCCUCAGAUGAAAGUGAACCGGUGGAUAUGGUUGAAGACCUCAUAGCCCUGGAAACGGAACCUGGCAAACUACUCCGAAUCACAGCAAACACUUCAGCUCGAGCAUUCGCCAGCGCCAUUAACAAACUUGACUCCAAAAGCGCCAGUGGCCAUCUUGUCUCUAUCAUCAUCAAAGAUGGUGGCAUCCAGCGUGCGCCGAUCUCACUGAUGACUAAGUACGUCAAGACGAUUCUGGAGAAGGUUGAGAAGGGUACUGGUGGCGCUGGUGAUGCAAGGACCAAUCAGAUGAAGGUGUCACGGUUUGUGCAGGAAUGUCUCAUGCUGCUACCUAGUCAGAUAUGUCAAGCUGUUGGACGGCAGGUGUACUUGGGUCCUCUUGGUGAGGUGCUCGGCAAGACCAAGGCGGAGACAUCCCUGCUAGAGACCUGUCAGACGGAUAAAGAACGACUCAUAAUGGAGAAGAUCGGCAUGCUGCUCGGCAUCACGGACUGGUACCAAGUCUUCGAAAGCAAGGCCUGUGCAGUGGGUGAGCCGUCGGAUCACGAUAUUUCCAGCACUGAUCUGACAGAUGAUUUAGACGGUAACAACCCAGCUCUUGAGAGUAUCAAGGAAGACUUGAUGCUGACGCAGCUUCUUGGCACAGACUGUGGUUACGAGCUAAAGCCACCAGGGGGCGGCAAAGAGGAAUCAGAAAAGGAGAGUGAGCAAGACACAGAAGAUGAGGAGAUUGAGGAUCAAGGGGAGGUAGAUGCUGGCCCAAGCGUCGAGGAAAUCAACGAAAAAAAUGAGGGGGAGUGCGAGAUAUUUGUCAACGACAUCAGGCAAACUCGGUUCGGCAUUGGUCUUGAUCUGGACGAUCGAACAAAGGAGUACACUUCGCAGCUUAUGGAGUUGAUUGGCCGGAGCCUUGAGACGCUGUCAAAGGAAUUGUACAACAAGGAUACCCAUUUCGUUUUGGAGUUGAUUCAGAAUGCUGACGAUAACGCGUAUGAUGAUGGCCAUGAGCCCGCACUGGUAUUUGUUGUUGAGGAUAGCGCAAUCAGUUUGUAUAAUAACGAGGUCGGAUUCUGGAACGAGAAUGUUGAUGCUGUCUGUAAUGUCAGGAAGUCGACCAAGCUGCUAGAGAAUGGUAAACACAAACAAGGGUAUAUAGGACAAAAGGGUAUAGGGUUCAAAUCCGUGUUCACAGUCACCGACAUGCCGGAGAUCCACAGUAACGGUUUCCACAUCAGGUUCGAUGCCAAGAAUGAGACAUCGGGAGUUGGGUACAUUCUUCCUCACUGGAUCCCGGCAGAGGAUCGAGUUGGGGAUGACGCAGUGAUGGUUGAAUUGAAGGAGAUUAACAAUAAACAACGGUGGAACACCAAGAUAUUCCUUCCCCUGAAAGCAGAGAGUGAACGCGAGAAACACCGCAGUCGAUCUCUGACGGCCAGCUUCCAUGACAUACACCCAUCCUUACUUCUGUUUUUACAUCGGCUCAAGAGGAUCACCAUCAUCAACAAGGCCAAAGAUGAAACGCUGCACAUUGUGAGGCGGGAUAAGGGGGACAGUGUGGUGGAGGUGACAUUUGGAGAUCGAAGUGACCAGUGGCUGGUUGUCAGGAAAUCAUUGCUGGUGUCUGAAGAGAUGAAUCCAGAUGUGGCAACCACUGAGUUAGCUCUAGCCUUCCCCAUACCAAGCAAGGGUCUUUCCCCAAACGCUAAACUACCAAAGCAGGAUGUGUUCGCAUUUCUUCCUCUCAGGAGUUUCGGAUUCAACUUCAUCGUUCAAGGUGAUUUUGAGAUCCCCUCUUCGAGACAAGAUUUGCAUCAUAAUAACCACUGGAAUCAGUGGCUGAGGAGUGAGGUCCCAGGACUUUUUGUGGAGGCACUCGAUUCAUUCAGGGCUUAUCCAGAAUUCACUGAUAUCCAAGCGGUCUGUGCCUACCUCAAGUUUGUGCCGUUGGAGGGUGAGAUCAUUGAGUUUUUCCAACCAAUCGUCAAGGAUAUCAUGAAGAGACUAACAGAGAAGGAGUGGCUACCUGUGGCUGGUGGUGACAAUGACACUGUGUGGAAACAGCCAUCAGAGAUAGUGAUCUGUAACGAUGCUCUCCUGAAGGAGGUGAUAACGCCCGACCUACUCCAUCGCUUCCUUGGCUGGUACUACAUCCACGACCAGGUCCCCGUCACAGAGAAUCUUGCCUUAUUCUCCAGUCUAGGAGUACACACGCUAGAGGCUGCGCACGUCUUGGAAGUAUUCAGGGCCGUGGUGCAGGAGGCAGAGAGAGUAGAGAAAGCUGUUGGUGCCAAAGAUCUCCACCUUUGGUUCGUGUGUCUGUACCACAGCAUGGAUCAGUACCGAACAUCCGGUGAUGUGCGGGUGAAGGCCGAGUAUGAAGGAAUACUCGAGACGCUACGGAGUCUCUCUAUCAUACCUCUGAGCGACGGGGCGACAGUUGCACUCAGGAACAAGGCAGUGUUUUUCUCUGACAAGAAUACCCGAGGUUUACCUGAGGACAUCACCAGCCAGGUCCUAGAGACUGAUCUGUUGACGGUGCAUCAAGAUCUAUUCACUGACGACGAGGACCAGAACUCCAAGGUCCGAAUGCUGUUCAAGGGUCUAGGGGUCAAGGACAUCAUGCCUAAUGAGGUCAUCGAGAAACAUAUAUUUCCAGUUUUAGAGACAGAUAUUUGGAAGGACAAGAAUCCUAAAACUCUCAUAGCUUACAUAAAAUUCGUCAAACUGCAAUGGGAAGGGGACAAGAGAAUGACUAAGCUUCCGAAGGUGCUCCUGGCCUAUACGACCUAUAUCAAGCAACAAUGGGAGCGGGACAGGCGGUCAGUCGACAUGUCAAGAUUCAGGGCUGUGGCCCGGGUCAAGACCAAUAAGGGCUUUGUCACGCCAGCUACGGAGGCAGUUCACUUUACCGUGGACUACCUCAACAAGUAUGAUCUACCACAGCUGUUUCCUGGAUAUGAUUGGGUCCUUCUUGACAGCUGUUACAUUCAGAAUCUCACCCUCAAGACGGGCCGCACCGCCUGGAGGGCAUUCUUUGACAACCUUGGCGUCACAGACUUCCUCAAGGUCAAACGGGAGAAGGUCAUACUCAAACCGGAAGAACUGCCAGACAAUUUUCCAAGAUUACAGCUAAGGGAGGUGAAUACUGCCUGGGCAAUGAGUAAAGACCAGCUGCCAGUCUCGAUCACCCGCCUACACAUCGAAGACUUCAUCUGCCAGGAGUUCAUGGAUCUCGUUCACGGGAAUGUACCGGAACGCGUCAAGAUCACGCACAUGAAAAACGCUUUCCUCAUCCUUGACAAAUACUGGGAGUCUCAUUAUGAAAACUACGUCAAAUCAACGGUGACUGACGAAAAUGGAAAAUUCCUAAAAGAGGUUGAUUCAUCGUUUUUCAGCAACUUGAAGGAAAUGGCGUGGAUACCGGUCACAAAGGUCGGGUUCUCCUAUGAUGGGGCAAAUAAGAACGUCCUUGUCUCUGAAGAGAAGGUCCUUGUCAAAAGUUGUGAUGCAUAUAUAGCAUCACCAUUCAUUCAGAAUCUCGUUGGACUUCACGUUCCUAUGGUACUCUCUGAUUUGCCAAAAUCGGGGUCGUUCACGCGGGUUCUCGGGAUCCGUAUGGACAUAUCGGCGAAUGAGGUGAAGAAUCUGCUAGUCACAUGGUGUACGGGGAAGCCCGUCGAUGAUAAUGCAAACAUCAAGGGCGGGGUGAGCCAACUCACGGAACCACGCAUGGAAUUUUUCACAAGUUUAGACGAGAUAAAAAACGUCUACAAAUUCUUGCAAAAGAUGAUGGAUGAGGACGAAUUUCGCAUGCUAUUUGAUCAAUAUCCUGCUUUGUUUAUCCCCGUUACCAAGGUUACCACAGAAGUGCCCAAUCCAGGAACUGUCGUCACUAAGGGCAUGUUCUAUUACGUUGCCGAGGCAUGCUGGCAUGAUCCAACAAAAAUGUUUGGAAAGUACCGGCCGAGUUUUGUUGACAACUACACCGGACAACGCUUCAAGCGUCUUCUGGUCCGUGCUCACUACCAGGAGAUUGAGUCAAUAUUUUGUCAUGAUCUUGGCCUCGCCUACACACCGACCAUCGACGAAUAUGUUCUGCUUCUUGAGCAUAUUGCGUCGCUAGUUCGACUCCCCGAUCGCGAGGGUUUGGAGGAUGUGUUCAGUAUAUACCAACUGCUUGGCGAACAGUGUGUGAAAGUGCUCAAGAGUAAGGACCGGUCCUGGCAGAAGCCAUUCCGACCAAAAGAUCCGAAAAAGACAAUCCUGGAUGAGGGGAUAGUGCAUGGUCUUUGUCAGGUGCUGCAGGGGAAACGGUUGUUCCCGACAAAGAACAAUAAGUGGGUCUGCUUAGAGGAUCGGCCUAUGAUAGCAGACGACAAGCGAUUGGCUGAGGUCUUCAUGAAGGAGUCGGAUACCUGCCAAGUGAAUUUCAUUCAGUUUGUGGAAUCAUUCUAUGGAAGAGAAUUGGGAGAAGAGGAAGAUGACGAUCCAAGAUUAUUGAAGGUUCUACCCAAAGUGUUCUUUCACGCCAUCGGGAUUCAAUGCCUGAGCGACUGCAUCGAGACCAAGACAAUGGCAGAAUCCACCACGACCUGCAGUACCGUUCAUGCGUACGUGCAGAAAGUUGUGCCAUUUAUACAACUCUUGAUGCUGUCCCGACCGAGAUUGUAUCGCGGCAUCUACGAGCAGCUGAUUGAUUGUAAGAUUCAUCAACAGCUGAAGUCGUUACAGUUCCUACAAGCGAAGAAGAUCGAAGUUGUGUUCACGAUGCGUACGAUGCCGAACGUCUGCAUCACGAAACCAAUGAAAGCCAACCUCUGCAUGAAGAACAACACUCUCUACGUUCAGGAGGAAAGCAUCACUGCCCACCAUCUUGUCAAUCGCGAGAUCAUGAAAUUAUUCCUACCUCCAGGCAACGAGGAGUUAGAGGUCGACGUGUGUAACUUCCUGACGAUUCUUUCCACUUGCCCGAAUCCCGACUUGUUCAUGGAAUACCAGGGUCUCAUCACACUGCCAUCGAGUGAGACUGCUUGGGUGAUUCCUGGAAAGACUGGUAAACAGAAAGCAAGCAAAGCAGUACCACCACCUGCCGACGUGAACAGCAUUUCUGCCGAUAUCAAUUGGACGGAGGAAGAUGAGUACAUGAGGACCCGUUAUUCUCACAAGAAUAAGGGUUCAAGUCGGAGCUGGGCACCGAGUAAAUCAAAGGGGCAUGAAAGUGAAGAACCAGAGAAACUGCCCGAAGACCAUGCCCCGUCGCCGCCGCUACAUCAGAAACGACCCCUAGUGGCCGUAACCCCGAUGCCCAAGAUCACUGCCACAGUGUCUGUGAUAUCUAUGAAGGACCCCGAGGAGCUGUGCCAGAAGAUGCCACCUGAGGUCGCCGCUGAGGAUACAGAUGAGUUUAACCAAGCUAGGCGAGCUGCGAAAAAACAUCGCCACGAAGAGCGGAAAGCUGACGAGCAAAGAUCUGAAAAUGAAUACUCUGAUGAUGAGGAACACAACCAGCGGCGGCCAAAAAAGAAAUCAAUAAAUUCAAAGAGAUCGGAGCAGGAGGGCGGACAUUCUAUGGACGGUGGGCAUGGGAAGGGCGGGCAUGGCUCUGUGCUUGACUGGGUGACAGGGUCUGUGAAUACUCUAACCAAACUCGAUAAGGCAAAAUAUGUGCAAAACUGGAGUAAAAUAGAGGAUAUUCCUUUUGAACCUUUGCCGGAGGGGGUGCAGUAUGAUUUACCGAUUUUACCCGAUCAGUGUGAUCGUAGUGAGGUUGGGCGAUGGGGGGAGCAGUGGGUAUACGACUACCUCUGCCAUAAUUAUAAGGACGAAGUACAAAAGAACUAUUUACAAAUCACGUGGUUGAAUCGGAAAAACGAGACAGGGUCGCCGUACGAUAUUAAACUUGAAUUUGCAAACGGCCACGUCGUCUGUGUAGAAGUCAAGAGCACCCAAUCUGUGAACAAAGAUUAUUUCGAGAUCUCACCAAAUGAAGUCGAACUUGCCAAAAAGAUGAUGCAAAACUAUCACAUCUAUAGGUUGUAUAAUGCGGGAAGUUGUAAGGAUGUCAAACUCAAGAUAUUGCGCAAUGCAGUGGCCAUGAUGGACAUGAGGACAGUUAUACUUCUGCUGCAGCUGUGAAAAAUCCGCGUUCUGCGCAAUUUUGGUUGUGAUUUUUACUGACGCUGGUUUAGGAUUCGUUCUUCACUUUGUGAUUUAGAAAUUCAUUUGUUUACACUUUAACGGCCGGUGAAAAAAACUGCAGAUGCAUGGUCCGGCCGUGAACUGAAAGUGUUAGCUACAUGUAGGGGCAGUUGUAAAGUUUGUCUUGUCAAUUUGAUUUGAUCAAUGUGGUUUGGUUUUGUCCGGGGAAGGCUGAAUUUAAAAUACUGCUGAUGUGCCAUAGCCUGACUGGGAAUUAACCAUUGAUGUAGUGAAUUCUGUUAUCAUGUAGUGCCUCCUGAAUUUGCUCUACAAAUAAGCGAACAUGUGCUCUUGAAGUGUGUUAAAAUGUGCAAGCAACCAAAGCAGAAUUAUAAGAACAAUUUACAACUGCCUCUCGAGUUGAAAUUGCUAUCCAUAUAAAGGGUCCAUAUUUGGAUAAUGCUAGUGAUUCUAUUAUAUCUUUGAAAAUCAUUUCCUGGUAUUCUGUUAAAAAUUUUAAGGGUUAUUUUUGGAGAAUGGCAAAUUUUCUUAGUGUACAUCAAAUUUUUGCCACAGUUGUUAGACAUUCGUAUCUAAAUUGUUUUGCAAUCCAGUUAUUUUUUGAAGUGGCAGAUAACACUUUAAACUUUUCAGCAUUAUGUUGUAUCUUGCCUUUAAACCUUCUGCCACGAUAAAGGGUUACUAGGUGCAAGAUGAUUUUGAGGGAAGGUGUGAACCUGAUUGUGGCGAUGCGAGAGUACAGAAAGUGUCUGGUUUCAAAGUUCUCUCAAAAUCGACAGGAAAUCCAUUUCAUGAACCUUAGUUUUGGAGUUUCAGGGCAUAUGGCUGAAAUGAAAGGAAAUCAGAAGAUUUUAGUUCCAGAUUAUGGCGGGAGAGCAACUAUAGUUUGGGACAUUUUGGCACGUACCACUCGCAUUCCUCUACCUGUAGUUCAGGUUCAUGCAACUGUGUAAUGAGACAUUGAUUGUGGCAUCACCUGGAAAAUUUGCCAUUCUUUAACUUGAGAUCUCAAUCUUGAAAUUAAAGGGUGACUAUAGGCAAGAGCUAGGAGGUCAAACUAGUCAUCUUCAGGUGACUUAUAUGCAUAGUGCGGGGAUGUAACUUAAUCUGACCUUCAUGGCUCAUGCCUAUAGAUUCCCUUUAAGUAAUAUUUUUACCUCUUCGGAGGUUGCAGAGUGUAAGAAGUGAUGUAAUAUGUUGUCAUAGAGACCGCAGGCAUCUGUGUUGCAUUUCUCCGACAUUGCAUGGAUUAAAGUUGUAUAUUUUUGUCUUAAUGUUUAAGAAUUGAGAAAUGUAAAAAAUUUAGUCAAGGUGCUUCUGGAAGUGUAAGGACACUAGUUCACAUGCAUACCUUUGAAAACCAGUGAUGAUUAUGCGAUAUUCUUGUACACUCAAUUCACCACAGCUAAAUGUCAUGAUGUCAUUUUAACCAAGUCAUAUUACAACCUUUGGAAAGUUUGUUUUCACUCUAUUUUCCAGGCAGGCUUACUUAGAAUAAAGAUUAAUGAAGGAAUCAGGUCUUUGAUAGCUGAAGAGGCAGAAAAUUGAGACCUCGACAUUAGCCAAAGCAAGAUCUUAUGCGUUUUCCCAUGAAAACGAUGGUGCUCUGCUACCAGGGUAUUUUAGAGUUAAUCAUGACAUCCUGCCAGUGGAUAAUUCCUGGCUGCCUUGAGAUUUAGCUAUGGUCAAUUACUAACAAACUUCUGUAUAUAUUUUGCUGAUUUUAUCAGAAUCUAUGCCAGAAGAACAAAGACGUUUAUUUUCAAGGGCUGAAGAUAUUUUUCUAAAACAAAUUGGAGAUUUUACUUGUGUGUGUAAUAGAAUAUUAACAUGAGAUGUAGUGCAUAAGAAUGACGCUUUUGUGAUGUAUAUUUUAGCUACUUAAACAAUACCUUCAAAAGUUUCAUUAUGAAAAAUGUCAUCAGUCCUUUGAUGUAUGUUUUGUGAGGAUUAUGAGAUUUAUUAUUGUUUGUUUUUUAUUUUGAAUUCACAAAGUGGAGAAUUUGUUUAUGAUAUCUAAUGUUAUUCCCCUUGUGUGGGGCUAAUUGUAAACAUUCACUAUACAAUGUAAUAUGGUCACAACUCACUAACAAUCACAUGACAACACCCUUUAUUGACUGGCACAGAUUUCUGUAAAUUAGAAAAGUUUUGCAUGAACAUUUUUUUUCAGAUGAAAUUUCAUAAUUUGAAUCUGUGUUUGUCAAAUAACUGAAUUCACUGAAUCUCAAACAAAGCUUGAAUUCAUGUAAAGCGUUAUGGAUAUCGCUGAAUGAAGAUAGUCUGUGCCAGUCUUGAAAAGGGCUCCUUUUCACUUCAUGUUCCUAAAUCAAGGAGAAAAAAAUGCAUAAAAAUGUUCAUCACAGUAUACAUAUCUAUGAUAAUUUGCACUGUUCAAUUAUAUAUACUGGUCAUCGUUUUGUCUGUAAAUUAGGUAUGAAAAUCUAUUUUGUUGUCGGCUUUUUGUACCGGUCACGUGUUUUGUGUUGUAUGCUCAGCUUCUUCUCAAUUUAAUGUUACACCAACAUGCCACACAUAUGCUUUACCAUCUCAAAAUUUCACGACUUCUCUCAGGUCCCACCUAUUAUGUCACGUUUGGUUUUACAAAUGAUUUUCUUGGUUGUUGAUUGAAAUAAUUUGCAAAAUAUGGUGAUAUUUGUACCUCGUGCAUUGAUAUCCUCAGAAUUUGAAGAAAUUUGAUAAUUUUUAAAAAUGAAAGAACAUCAAAAUAAUGUUUUUUUCAACAAUUUCAUAAUCUAACUUCAGCUACUAUAAUAUUUUAAAAGAUUUUUGUUUCAAUCUUAAAAUGAUGAAGGAGAGACUUUUAGAAAGUUUGUUGUAUAUUUUGUUCUUGUUAUGAGUUGAUAACUUUUGCUUUUAUGACUUAAAAUACAGGCUUCAUUAAAGCUGCAAAGUUGCCGACUAAAUAGGCCUUCUUAGUAUAAACUGAGACACUGCAUGCUGCGUGUUGUAGCCUCAUCGAAUUUUUUACUGACAUUCAGAAUCUUAUGCAGGGUUGGAAUCAAUCAAAGAAGGUCACGUAGUUCGGGGAAAGUCUUCCCUGAAAAAGUCCUCCUGCGGCAAAAAAUCCACUGGACGACGGCUUGCCAUUGGACAAGGCUGUGCAGACG